AUGCGGAUGCUUGAGGACUGUCUUGACGCCGGUCUGAAGUACUCCUCCGAGCUUGCCGAGCUCAUUGAUCGUGCAGUUCCAGAGGCCGAUGAAGAUGAGGAAGGCGAAGCUGAUACGGAGGCAAUCGGGAAAGAGAACCUCAAUCAGUGGAUUGAAGACGCAGACGAAAUCAGCGAGGAACACAGACAAUUCGAGAUCCUUGUUGGCGUACAGGGAAAGACUGGGGCGGGAAAGACUUCUCUGCUCAAUGCACUCCUCGGAUACAAGGACCUCCUACCUCCCAACGACGCACUAGUGGCCACAGCUGCAAUUUGCCAGGUCGCCUACAACUAUUCCAAUGAUCCCAAAACGGCCUUCCGUGCGGAAAUUACGUUCCGCAAGCAUUUGGACGUUAAACAUGAGCUGAACAAGUUUUUCGGAGACAUCAAGCUGCGAGAGCAGCUGCUGAACGGCAGAGGGGAGUUUGAAGAUGACGAUGACCAGGAAGGUCCUGACAGCAGUGAUCUCGGGGAGGUCAUCGCAAGAAUCAAUGCGACCGCCGAGAAAAUCGGAGCUGUUUGGGGCCACACUUUGACCGAACUGGAGGUUAUGUCGACACAGGAUCUCCUGACCAAAAAUGAUCCGGCGGUAAAGUUACUCAACACGACAAAAAGAAUCAAUGCGGCUGAUCUUUCGACGUUUGCCCCCGAGGUCAAGCCAUAUCUCGAUGCGACAACAACAACAAGCAUCACAGGAAGGGCGGGCGCUAAGACCCGAGACAUGGCAGUCUGGCCCUUGAUCGACCAUGUCAAAGUUUACGUGAAGUCAGAUAUCCUCCGUGGGGGGAUUGUCCUUGUCGAUUUGCCAGGCCUUGGUGAAAUCGUGGAGAGCCGAGCGGCCGUUGCUAGACAGUUCUACAACAAACUUACAGUGUCCAUUGUCGUCACACCUUCUGUCCGAGCAGCCGGCGAAAAGACGGCGGUCAACCUGAUGACCGAAAACCAGGAGAUAAACAUGCGAAUGAGCGGAAAGCUCGACGACCGCGGUUACUGUGUUGUGCUGUCUAAGGCAGACGAUGGUGUUGACUGGGAGACUACAGCACGGAACCAGAAUAGGCAGAAGGACAUCAAGAUGGUCAGUGACUUGAACAAGAAAAUCAAGGAGGGAGGCACUGCCGCAAAGAAAUUCAACCUUCAAAUCACCAAACUUCUCCAGUCCUUGAAAUCGAGAAAGAUCAGCGAGGAGGAAAGAACAAAAGUGUUCAAUCAGUUGAGAGAGGAGAGGGAGAAGAAGAGGAAAUAUAUGAAGCUCCAGAGAGAGCUCAAACGCCAGAAGAAAGAAGCUCACUGGGGACAAGUGUUUACCGCAGCUCAAUCCCGGAGCGCCAUUCUAGCAAAGGAGAUCAACCGUUAUCUAAAUGAACGGCAUGCUGUGUUUAUGAAGAGCUGCCCUGGCGCAAAAACGCCUUACUGUCCGCCAAAGAUCUUCCCCGUAAGCGUUAGGGCAUACUGGCCGCUUCAGAAAAAGAAUGAGGACGACCCUGAUGCGAUGCCAGAAGACCCCUUGGUGGGUUUCCCCGAGGAGGCCUAUACAGGCAUUCCAGCUCUUAAGCGCUGGUUGUAUGAGGCCACGGUCCCACCGAGGGAGCGCCAUAUGAAGGCGCUCCUCAACAGAGUCGUUGGCCUGUACUAUAACCUGCAGACAUGGUCCGAUAAAGAGUGCGAGAAAAUCAAGCUGCACAUGACGCCGGAGGAGUUACAGGAGGAAUAUCUUGAUGUGGAAUAUGAACGGCUGGAUCUUAAGCUCAGAGCUUACGCCAAAAUCCUUUCCAAACGAGUCGCCGAGUGCAACCCCCUCAAAGACACCGCCGAAGCCAUGAGAACAUGCGUCCAACAAUGCAUCGACCAAGUAAAUAAUUGGAUCUACAAAGACCCGGAAGGCGAGAACCGCUAUAAAAAGCUUCACUACGCCACAUUCCUCGCCAUCAUCAAGUCCGGCGGCGGCGUCUUCUUCAGCCGCGCCGGGGGCCAAAACAAGGUGUACGACUGGAUGGAAGGGCUCGCGCACCUUUUCAAGAACCAGAUUUGCUCGCAAUGGCUCGCGUCAAAAGAACCCGCCCUCAAGGCGAUUAAGGAGGAAGUCAAAGAUCUAAUUUGCCAAGCACUCAUCGACAUCGCUGUCAACUCGGACGACGUGCAUAAGGAGUUGGCGGCUGACAUCAAGGCCAAAUGGAAGAUGACGUUCAAGAGAGCCGCGGAUCCGAAAAUCAAAGGCAAAGGGACCAUGGAAAAGCGGCACAAAAUAUUGAAAACUUUCUCCACUCACAAGGACAACAGGACUUAUAAGGAUGCGGUGACCAAGCUGAAGAAGGAAGUGUCCGAGGAGAUAAACAAGUUCCCCAAGAGACUGGACGCAAUUUGGAUGAUAGGCUUGAAUAAGUUGAGAGCGCAUGUCAAUCUCAUUAUGGACAAAAUCGUCGAAUAUGAGAAUCUUGGUGGCGAUGAUGGCAUGGAAGACAUGGAGGGCGAGGGAGACGAACUCGGCGGGUCUGAGGAAUCGAGGAAGCAGAAGAUUGUCCUGCAGGAGAGAAUCAGGACGAUGCUCAAUCGAUGGUAUUUCGCAUGGAACAUGAGUCCGGAUGAUGUCCCCAUGCACGAUGCCGAGGAACCGGAUCAGGACGAGAUUACGAAGACCAGUUCGACGAAUGGGAGCGAUAUCCCAACGAAGUUCAGCUUGGGAGCGCUGGCGGAUGGGGAAGACGAGUCAAUGGAGGAGGAUCCGUUAGACGCGAUAAUCGACCUACAUCUUAGUACUAACCUGAUCGAGGACGACGUGAAGAUCAAGGAGGAACAUUUCGACUCGGAUUGAGAAAGGAAUUCGGUGCGCGAAGGACAGGACGAUGGCUUUCUGGGCGUACAGGGGUUGAAGAAUCUCUUUGGUUUCUGGGUUUGGUUGGGAUCUGGUCAGUUUGGGUGCAUUUGCUCUAUUACCUGGCUGCGGUUGAAGUCAAGCUUCAGCGACCGAAGUCUCAAGGUUAAGAACGGGGUAGGUUGGAGCUGAAACUCGAAUCUUUGCAACGUGGGAUCGAAGUUUUCCUGGUAAAUGAAUUGGGAGUGUGACAUGGGACUUGGCCGGAAGUGUAGGGGAGGAUAUGAUAUCCCGGGAUAUGGUGUUGGCUGGCUUUUACUUUUCGGCCUUGGGGAUCAAAAACAUAUCUGCGAGAUGCAACUAGAUAUAGGCAAUUGCAGACGUCGUCUGCCGAGGACAGGACUUUC